AUAACUUAAGAGGAACUAUAAGGUCUUUUCGAGCAUGCGCAAUUCCAUUUAGCUAAGCACGCUGCAUUCAGCAUCACUGUUUUUGGCGGCCAUUUAUAGAUUAAGAAAAAAGAUAAAAAAUGAAAAGGAUUCACUUAACAACAAAACCACCCAAAAUAAAGAGGACUGUUUUUGAUGGGGCAUCUUCCAAAUUCCAAACAAAACAUGUCAGGAUGACAUAUAAUGGUUCUGAUGUUAGUAAUAGCAACAAUAUCAACCAAGAAGUGACUAACCAACUUGCCCAAAUAGACUAUUCAGCUGACCAAUUUGAUUUUCAAUGUGAAGAUAAUGUGAACAGUAAUCCUGGAAGAAUCAAUCUUACAUAUGCAGAAAAAAGGAAAAGGGUAAUGGGAGCAUGGGACUUGCUGAGAGACAAGCUCAUUGAAACCAGGUUGGAGGAACAGUCCCCAGCAACUCAUUAUUGUUGCUUUUGUGAAUCAUCUGUUGAUGAUGUUAUUUUUUGUCAAGAUUGUGGUCCCUCAGCAUAUUACUGUGAUACUUGCUGUAAGAGGAUUCACCAGAACAUUUUGUUCCAUAAACCACACCAGUGGAAGCAAACCAUGUAUGUACCUAUUCAAAUGACUAAUGAACUUGCCAGGAAAGACCACAUUUGUGAAUCAUCAUACUCUACUUCCAUAUAUGCUGUUGAUGUAAAGGGUUUACAACAUACAUGUAAAAUCCAGCUAUGCAGAUGUGAAGAUCCUGCUGUCACUUUUUUGCGUUACAGCUUAUGGCCAGCUACACCUACAAGCCCUAAAAUUGGCUUUGAUCUCAGAUUUAUGGAGCUAUUGUCUGUUUUGCAACUUGAGUGCUGUUUACCUGCAAAAUCUUUUUGUGAUGCUUUAGAUACUAUGCACUCUAACUACAUCAAAUUAAUCUCAAACGUUGAAAAAAACAUAUAUAGAGCUGUGGUUGGUGAUUGCCUCACUGAGUACAAUUACCAUAGGUAUUCACUGAAUACCCGAGCAAACAUAACAGAAUCUUCUUUUGCCACAGAAUGUCCGAUAUGUGUUAAGACACCAUCAAUAGUUUCCAUGGAUGCCAACUUUGGUCUUGUUCACAAACAAUCGUCAGGAUCUGGUCAAGACAGACAAUCAGCUAGACAUAAAAACCUAUAUUUUCUUGAUCAUGGGGAUCUCAGAAGAUUUAUCGAUGAUUACGCUCUUGACAGUAAAGCACCAAAUAGUGAAUGUUCAAACUUCCAGGCUGGUAAUGCCAUUCGCUCUAAAGUGAAAAAUGGUAAACUUGAUGUUACAGGAAUAUUCGGCAGUGUAUGCAAGCAUGACAUUCCAAUAUAUUUUGCAGAUUUGGUUCAUGGAGAAAGAUUGAGUUAUCCAGUCUAUAUGUUAAAGUGUAUAUUGGAAAAUAGGUCAUCAGAUAAUUUGGUUGUCAUGUAUGACAUUGCCUGUAUGUUGCAUAAACAUUUGAAGAAAACUAAUAACAUUGAUGUUUUAGAGAGAUGUUCCUUUGCUGUCCCUGUUUUUCACAGUUUUGCACACAAUACAGAAUGUCAGUUGAUGUAUGGUCAGAGAUUUGCAGACGGAACAGGUUUGACAGACGGAGAGGGAAUUGAAAGGCUGUGGUCCUAUCUGAGGGGUUUUAGAAAAAUAACCAAAGAAAUGACAAUCAAUAACAGGCAAGAUCUACUAACGGAAGCUAUGUUGCACCACACAGAAAAACAAAUAUGGAAUCUAGGAAAAAGAAUGGUAGAGAAGAAGAAACGAUGUGAGCAGAUAUUGAAAGAAAAUGAGGCCAUUAUAUCUGGAAUUCUUGUUGAUAUGAAAGAAUCUAAAGAUGUGAUUCAAACCUGGAAGGAAGAAUGGAAAACACAAUCCAACAGAAAAGAAAGGAAAGCUCUGCCUUUGACUACUGAUGAGCAGUAUGCUGAACUCCUGCAUCAGAUUGAAUCCAAAAAGCAACUAUUAGAUAUAACUGAAGCAGAUGAUGAAAAGGUGGAAAUGGAAAGACACAUUGAAAGGCUAAUAUCAGAUUGUUCAAAGUUGAAGAAAAAAACAAAUUUCACCCAGCUUCAGCUUACUUCAGAUCAAGGACAACUGCUUUUAGAAUCAGCUCAGACAAAGAGAAAAAGCGCAUGCUUAGUCAAAUUAAAGGAACUUGCAACUGACCGGCAAUAUUUGUCUAGCUUGAUGAAGAAAUAUGCAGAGGGUCAAGCCAUUGGAAUCCGUAUAAGCAAACAGUUCUCAAGCAACUUUCUAAAGAUAAAAAAAGAAGUGGACAAACUGAAUGCUAUUAACAACACAAAUUUGGAUUCUAAACAAUUUUUGUCACUUGAAUCAGAAAUAUAUGAUCAGUUGGAAUCGAGAAAGAUAUCUGAAAACCAACAAAAGGCUGUUCAGUCCAAAUGUUUGAUAGACCAUGCAGAAGAAGAAAGUAAUAAUAUUGACAUUGAAAUAAAAAAGUAUUUACUUUAUUUAAGUAAACAGAGUAAGGAAAUUAUUGACACAAUCAACAAUCUUUUACCUUUAGAAGGAAACCGGUUCCAUUUAGGCAAAAUUAAUUACCUGUUUGUGAAACAUUUUAAUAUUGAAACUCUUUUUCAUUCAUGUUUCACAUAAUUUGAACACACUGUUACAGAUGUUUCUAUUGUACCAAGAAUAGUUCAUGAUAAAUUGAAUACUGAAUUGUCAAGAUCCUUAAAUUUACCAACCAAAGAAGAAAUGACAACAAUAUUUCAGGAAAUUGAGCAGUUUGAAACUAAUGAUUUGAACAGUAUUUAUAUAGAAAAGGACAGUGAUGAGGAAUUAGAUGAAGAUGAUAUUUAAAUUGAUAACAGUGGUUUUUUUGUGUUGAUGACACAAUUAUUAGAUCGAUAAAUAAAAGAAAAGCUUAAACCAUGUCAGUUAAUAGCACUUGGUUUUAAAACUCAAUUUUUCAAGGGGUCAAGCCAUUGGAAUCCGUAUAAGCAAACAGUUCUCAAGCAACUUUCUAAAGAUAAAAAAAGUGGACAAGCUGAAUGCUAUUAACAACACAAAUUUGGAUUCUAAACAAUUUCUGGUUUCAAAGGGUCAAGCCAUUGGAAUCCGUAUAAGCAAACAGUACUCAAGCAACUUUCUAAAGAUAAAAAAAGACGUGGACAAACUGAAUGCUAUUAACAACACAAAUUUGGAUUCUAAACAAUUUCUGGUUUCAGAGGGUCAAGCCAUUGGAAUCCGUAUAAGCAAACAGUUCUCGAGCAACUUUCUAAAGAUAAAAAAAGACGUGGACAAACUGAAUGCUAUUAACAACACAAAUUUGGAUUCUAAACAAUUUCUGGUUUCAGAGGGUCAAGCCAUUGGAAUCCGUAUAAGCAAACAGUACUCAAGCAACUUUCUAAAGAUAAAAAAAGAAGUGGACAAACUAAAUGCUAUUAACAACACAAAUUUGGAUUCUAAACAAUUUCUGGUUUCAGAGGGUCAAGCCAUUGGAAUCCGUAUAAGCAAACAGUUCUCGAGCAACUUUCUAAAGAUAAAAAAAGACGUGGACAAACUGAAUGCUAUUAACAACACAAAUUUGGAUUCUAAACAAUUUUUGUCACUUGAAUCAGAAAUAUAUGAUCAGUUGGAAUCGAGAAAGAUAUCUGAAAACCAACAAAAGGCUGUUCAGUCCAAAUGUUUGAUUGACCAUGCAGAAGAAGAAAGUAAUAAUAUUGACAUUGAAAUAAAUAAUUUACCUUAUUUAAGUAAACAGAGUAAAGAAAUUUUUGACACAGUCAACAAUCUUUUACCUUUAAAAGGAAACUGGUUCCAUUUAGGCAAACUCAAUAACCUGUUUGUGAAACAUUUUAAUAUUGAAACUCUUUUUCAUUCAUGUUUCACAUAAUUUGAACACACUGUUACAGAUGUUUCUAUUGUACCAAGAAUAGUUCAUGAUAAAUUGAAUACUGAAUUGUCAAGAUCCUUAAAUUUACCAACCAAAGAAGAAAUGACAACAAUAUUUUUUUAGGAAAUUGAGAACAAUGAUUUUUUAGUGUUUAAAAGAUUAGAUCAAUUUCAACAGAAGCUUUUAAAAAAAAUUAUGUCAGAAAAUGUACCUGGUUAAAAAAAAGGUGAUUUUUUUUUAAAAGUUUAUUAAUAUUCUUAAAAUUUCAUGCCUUUUGUUCUUAUUGGUGGGCCGUCUAAAGUUAAAAUUAUUGCAUUUUUUAUUCAUAAAUUUUGCAAUAUAGAAAGGUUAUUUAUAAAACAAAUGAGUUGUUGCUUUUACUUUUUAGAGGAACUUGCUGUUGAGAUUAAUCAGGUUGAAAUUUUAGGAGUGGGUGCAUAAAAUGAUUUGCAGAACAGGAUAUAACCCCCUGGCGCACUGUGAAAGGUCGUAAGGUUAUAAGUCCCUGGCAUGGAUGGAACAAGCCUGUAAACUUGGCCUGCUGCAAAUCAAACUAUGCUUUUUAAAACUUUUAUUUAUAAUUGAUUGUUUUUGGAAUUAAUACAAUCUGGACAAGUUUAUAUGCAGUUUAAACAUGUCUGAAUAGAUCAUGUGAAUUGGUUGUAAUCACAAAAUGCUUUGUGUUGCUUGAUGAUGAUAAAUUAAAAGUAACCCUUAACAUUAUUGUUUUAAUAUAGAACUAAUAAUAUUCUUGACUAUAGAGAUGUUUGUUUUGGUAAAAAAAACUUGCUGUUAAUAUAUUUCAGGUAGGAAUUUAAAGAAAGUUGGGAGGGGGAUUGCAUGUUAUGAUUUGCAGAACAGGAUAUAACCCCCUGGCGCACCGUGAAAGGUCGUAAGGUUAUAAGUCCCUGGCAUGGAUGGAAUAAGCCUGUAAACUUGGCCUGCUGCAAAUCAAACUAUGCUUUUUAAAACUUUUAUUGCUUGAUUGUUAUUGAUUUAAUGAUAUUGUACAGAUGUUUAACAACUUUAAUGGAACCUAAAUAUCUUUAAAAAUAAAUUUAUGUAACCUA